AAAGACUCCAUCAUGCUGUAAUGUCAUUUUAUGAGUGAUCUCUUAUAAAAUGAAACUGUAACUCCAAAGAAGAGUUCGCCAAAUUUUGACAAAAAGGAGAAUCUUCCUCGUCAUUUUCCACUUUUCCAGAGACACAAGUGCCAAAGAUAAAGAAGCCAUUAUUGCCACAUUUCCAGUGACAGAAGUGCCAUGCCAAAGAUAAAGAUACUUUUCCUGUUCCCAUGGGGCUAAAAAAAGAGAGUAACCGAUUACUGAACGUUCCCCACAAGUUGGGUUAUCGUUUAUUGACCGAACAAAACCUAACCGCACAACAAAAGAGAGUGGGUGAGCUCAAUCCAAUCAAAACUCACUCACCACUCAUAAAAAAGUGCGAUUUGUACUUGCGUCUAAUAUAAGGGCCCUCUCGUUUUUUUCUUCCACUCCUCUCUCUCUUGUUCUACUGCCCAAACACAACACUUCCUUAGCUCUCAGCUUAUGCCCAUUAAUCCCAAAAAGAAUGAGGUCUCGGAUAUAUAUAUCUGCUUCCAGAGCUGCCAGGUCUCUCCUUUCAGCUUCCAAGACCUCUCGCUUUUGCUCUGAAGGGCGAGCAGUAGCUGCUGCAGCAGCAGUUUCACUUAAUGGUAAGGUGCCUCUUUUAGCUUCAGCUUAUGGAAAUAGUGGUUCUGCCAAUGCAUCUAGAGGACGGCUUUCAGGAGUGUUUACUCUUCCAGUGGCAGCUUACAUGCUUCAGGAUCAGGAGGCUCAUGCUGCAGAGAUGGAGCGCACUUUCAUCGCUAUCAAGCCUGACGGAGGACAAAGAGGGCUGGUUGCAGAAAUCAUAUGUCGUUUUGAGCGCAAGGGGUUCAAGCUUGUGGCUAUCAAGAUGUUGGUUCCUUCAAAGGAAUUCGCCCAGAAACAUUAUGAUGACUUGAAGGAAAAACCCUUCUUCGAUGGCCUGUGUGAAUUCCUCAGCUCCGGCCCUGUUAUUGCUAUGGUCUGGGAAGGAGAGGGAGUCAUAAAAUAUGGCCGGAAACUCAUUGGAGCAACAGAUCCUCAGAAAUCAGAGCCUGGAACCAUCAGAGGUGAUCUAGCAGUGGUUGUUGGAAGAAAUAUAAUUCAUGGAAGUGAUGGUCUCGAGACUGCCAAGAAUGAAAUUAACUUGUGGUUCCAACCGCAAGAAUUGGUUAGCUAUACAAGCAACGCUGAGAACUGGAUCUAUGCAGUCAACUGAUGAGGCAUUUUUUUUCCCGUUAAUCAGUAGCUCAGGAAAAUUUGGUCCCACAUCAAAUGUGGGGUAUUGGCAUAACUUUUAGAAUAAAUAUAUGUUUAUCUGCGAUGAGCAAACCGCUGUGCCAUGAAAAAAACUACCGUUCAAAC